AUGCCAUUGUGUUAUAAAAGGAACGCUGACAUUGGAUGUCAAGCAUGCGAGCAGUGUCGCAAGAGCCACGUCAAGUGUGAUCAGUCGCGGCCUUGCGCUUUAUGCAAGCGACGAGGGAUCGAGUGUUCCCUUUGUCAAGACGUCACUUUUACCGCGCUCGAGUUCAAGGCACCCGCCGCUGGCCUUUUAAAGGACUUUGUCUCAAAGACUGUAGAAGGUCCAGCGACCUUUGUGGACGAAACGGAAGAGGUCGCCGACCUAUACCAGGUCACAAAUGCGAGCGUCGAGGCCUCGAGCGUUACAUCAGACCAGCAUCCGUCGCCGCGGCCUGGGCUAUCCAGCCACGGUACCCCCGUCACGGAUGCCACUGACGCCUUUUUCCUCUGGCGAUACAUCGACUUCAUCGGGCCGCGCUUCGACAUGUUCGACGAUGCACCGCGGUAUUUCUCGACAGUCGUGCCGCAGCUGGCUCUAAACGACACGCUUGUUCUGCUAGCCUGCGUCGCCGUGGCAGCCCGCCAGUACUCCCUCGUCAAUGACCAGCAGCAGCACAGUCAUGAGCAGGCUUUGACAUACUACAACGCGGCGAUUCACCUGCUGUCCAAGCGGCUACAGGAUAGCGGGCCAGACCCCUCGGUAUUUGCGAGCUGUCUGCUUAUAGCUCAUUGUGAGAUGGUCGAGAGCAAGGCCACAGCCUGGGACUUGCACCUCAAGGGGACCGGCGAUCUUCUUAAGAUGCAUGGUUGGCAUGGGAUGAGCGGUGGCUUGGCACAGGCUUCAUUCUGGAUUUACUGCAGAAUGAUUAUCCUUGCCUCUCUUUGUGCCGGCAAGCCAGCAGCAUUAGAACCGAGAGAAUGGAUUCCUGGGGGUGUAUUCCCUGAUCCGGCCACGUGGACGCUCAAAUCAUGGCAGAAAAAGGUCGUUUUUCUCCUCGGGAUGGUUCACGAUUUCUGGAGUCGCACGCCCCCCGACGACAUGGAUCGACACGCUAAGCAACCUCACGAUGCCCGAUGGAAGGAGCUCGAAGCGGAGCUGGUGAGCCUCCAGAGCCAAGCGCCAGCCGUGUGCUCACCGAUCAGCAUUCUACCUCCAGAUGGAGAGGACAAUCCCUUCCAGUCUGUGCGGUACUUGAACGGUCCCGUGUCCGCCGCUUGGCAAAUGCUGCACACUGCUUUUCUCAUCCUCACAAUUUGCACGCCUUGCUCGCAGGCGAGUAGCCGCCUCUCCGUGCUCUCCCGCCCCGACGUGACUGGCCGAGCACAGAUGUACGCGCGUCAGAUUGUUGCCAAUUCGCUGGCGAAUCGAUGCACCAUCGCGUGGGCGAAUGCCGUCCAACUCCUUACUAUUGCGGGUCAGUGUCUCGUGGUAGACGCGGAACGGAAUGCAUGCGUCCGCGUUCUGCGAGAGAUCCAGCAACAGACGGGCUGGAACACGCGAGCGAGCAUCGACAGACUUGGCGUUGCGUGGGAGAAUAGUUUGAGCUAUGAGUCUCGGGGGAGGCACUCGGCGGUCGGACAAGUAGAUGCUGGGAAGCUGCUGUAUUAUGUUUGGCUUGGUGACGAGAGAAGUCCAAGCUAA